AUGUUGCCGUCGGUGAAAACUUUGACUUAUGAGUCUUUGAACAACAUUGCAAGGUUCAUAAAUGGAGUUUCUGCACUUCUCUUGACUCUUAUUCCCGGAAAGGCCAAUGUUCUUGAAGGCCUCCAUGGAUGGGAACUAAGGCCUACAUUACGUGGACCUCGCUUACCUCGCUGGAUGCAUAAUGGAGUCUCUUCUUUCAACCAAUUCAUCCACGAGCUCUCUGUGGAUUCUGACACCUCGAGCUUGGAUUAUUCCUCUGGUGAAGAUGAUAGUGAUGGCAUGUCGACGCCUCCAUCACCGCUCUCUCAAAGCUCACUCCGGUCUUGGGCUGUUCUUCCUGCAAACUACGAAAGCCACUGGACAGACUGGAUAACGUCCAUAGUCUGGUGGGUUUUGCUACCGGCCCGGAUCCUUCUAUGGGUGCCGUUUUAUCUCUUUGGUAGACGAAACUCAAGAGUGUCGACGCUGAGCCCAGGAAGGUACAGACAUUCUUCAAGACCUUACUUUAGCAAAGCUAGGCCAGGGAAAGAGCAUGAUGUCCCUAACCGAACCACUGAUAGAAGACGUGGAGUCAUUGAGGAUCUUCAGCUUGGUAUCGAGAUCUUUAUAGAAGCAGUAUUUGAUUUUUUCCACAAGGUUGCACAUCUUCUUCUUUCUCCAUCAGAGGCUUUUGGGAUAAUGCUGUCAUUGUUGUCUUCCUCCGAUCACAGCCACGGCUCUAAAGGAAACUACGAUGACGUUUCGGAUGAUGAAACCGUUCAGACCGCCACUCUUGGAUGUAACGAUGCAUCACCUACGGAAAGAACCACAAUGACGAGCUUAUACAAUACAGAUACUCGAACUUGUCAAGAUGUCAUAACAGAGCUUGGGUAUCCAUAUGAAGCUAUUCGUGUUGUUACAUCUGAUGGAUAUGGUCUUCUCUUGGAAAGGAUACCAAGACGAGAUGCGAGGAAAGCUGUCUUCUUGCAGCAUGGUGUUUUGGAUUCUUCAAUGGGAUGGGUAUCAAAUGGGGUUGUUGGAUCUCCGGCUUUUGCUGCUUAUGAUCAAGGCUACGAUGUUUACUUAGGGAACUUCCGCGGUUUAGUUUCAAGAGAUCAUGUGAACAAAAACAUUUCCUCAAGAGAAUCCUCAAAACCAAAAUGCAGUUUCUGGAGUUACUCCAUCAAUGAGCAUGCAAGAGAGGAUAUCCCUGCAAUGAUUGAGAAGGUUCACGAAAUCAAAACGGCGGAGCUCAAACUGUACCAGCCUAACAUCGAAGAGGCAGUAAACGAGGAGCAGCCUUACAAGCUCUGCGUUCUCUCUCACAGCCUAGGCGGUGCUGCGGUUCUCAUGUAUGUUGUCACCCGCAAAAUCGAAGAGAAACCGCACAGGCUCUCUAGGCUGAUCCUGCUCUCGCCUGCCGGGUUUCACGAAGACUCCAACUUGUUCUUCACGCUAAUAGAGCACACGUUCCUUCUCUUUGGUCCGGUGCUAUCCCGGAUUGUUCCCGCUUUCUACAUCCCCACUAGGUUCUUCCGGAUGCUUGUCAACAAGCUAGCUCGAGAUUUCCACAACUAUCCUGCCGUUGGUGGAUUGGUCCAGACACUGAUGAGUUAUGUAGUUGGUGGAGAUAGCUCGAACUGGCUCGGAGUCAUGGGUCUGCCUCACUAUAACAUGAACGAUAUGCCUGGUGUGUCCUUCCGCGUGGCUCUGCAUCUUGCUCAGAUUAAACGCUGCCGUAAAUUUAGAAUGUUUGACUAUGGUAGCGUUCAAGCGAAUAUGGAGGUUUACGGGUCUCCUGAGCCGCUUGAUCUUGGAGAGUUUUACGGUUUGAUCGAUGUCCCUGUGGACUUAGUAGCCGGAAAGAAAGAUACAGUCAUUAGACCAUCAAUGGUUAGGAAACAUUACAGGGUGAUGAGAGAUGCAGGGCCUGUUGAUGUUUCUUACAGAGAGUUUGAGUAUGCUCAUUUGGAUUUUACCUUCUCUCACCGAGAAGAGCUUUUGGCUUAUGUUAUGUCUCGGUUGCUGUUAGUGGAGCCGACACAGACUCGGCCGGUUUUUAAGAAGGGGAUGAAGCUGAAGAAGAAAAUGGAAACAGCCAAAUCUCAACUAUGA